AAAAAUUAGCUUGGUGGCGAAAAAAACUGAAUACCUAGUGAAUUGUGUCAAAAAAAAUACUUGCAUUUUUUAAAGCUAUUAAGCACUUGUGUUCAUAAAGGAAAAAAUUUGAUCAAAGUAUCGUAGAAUUUUUGUCAAAUAUUCAUAAUUUUCUGUAGAAAAUUUAAUUAAACUUAACAAAAGAGAAAUGGAUUCUUCGCCACAAAUGAAAAGUGAGGACGCCGAGGACUGUACAAGUACUUCAAUGUAUUUAUCUUGCAAUGAAGAAAGCACCAUGUCGUCGGUCGCUUUCCAAACGUUAGAAGCAACGCUAGAGGACGAAUCGAUGGGAUCUGACUUAAAUAAAACGUUAGAACCUGUGAAUCAGCCUCCAUUCUUCCCAUUAAAAACUGUCAAGGAUGUCAACAUUGCGCCAAUAACGCCUUUAAGACCGUUAAUGGAAAAUUUACGAUCGAAAAAUUCUUGGCUCGCAUUAUCUUCUACACCAUCCAAAGAGCAAUUGUUGAAAACAGUUGACGUGACGCGUGGCUCGGAUGCUAAUCGAUGUAUGGAUUUGGGUUUUGCUUUUCAAGAAAUAGACAAAGAAAAUUUUUCUAAUCGGGCACUGAGCUCACUUAACACGGAGGACAAAGAAAAUGUUUUUCCUGAGAUAGGCGAUGGCUCGUCGGCAUCAUCCUCAGCAGCUACCACAAUCCUAGAACAAGACCCUCUUCAAAUUUCAGCGGCUGAAGUAAAGUCUAUGCCGGAUAAUAAAGAAGAAAUACAAGUCGCCAAAGAUACAGAUGCAGGAGGAUAUGAAAGCUUGGGAGGUAUGAACGAUGAAGGGAAAAGGCUUGAAGUCAAUGCAUCUCCACUGGAUGCAAUAAAUGCAACGGACGGUGCUUCAUUAGUUAAAAACGUUGACACAAAAGUGAGUGAGUCUGACAAAAUGAAACCAACCGUAGCCAUGCAUAAUACAAAUUUGCCAUCAAAGAAAGCUUCUAAGAUAUUGCCUCCUGGGCAAAUAUAUCAAAACAAAUUGAAAAUUCCUGAUAAGAAAGAUGUAACCUUAGAUCCGGAAGUCGACGUCUGUCAUCUGAUUAACAAAAUGUUACGAUUGUCUGACAGACAGCAGAAAAAGACUGCUGCAACUGGAGCAUUUAAGAAAAUAAAUGAAAAAUCACCGAUGCCAUCGAUAGCAGGGGAGAAGAGACGCGUCAGUUUUUCUCAGCAUAUGUCGAUAGUGGUGAAAACGACAUUAAACAGUCCCGCAAGAAAAUUAGCUCGCAAAAGCAUUGUGGGUGCAGCAACACAACAACCGCGACGCAGUGUUAUGCCCAUAAAAAGCGGUGAAAUCAACCAGUUUGUAAAAAGCGUAGGCACAACUCGCAAAAGUAUGUUACCAAGGGCUGCGAACGCAAUUGACAAAGUAACGGCUGCUCAAAUAGUUCCCCCUAAAAAAGACAAAUUGAAUAAAUUGGAAUCGUUAAAGCAUUCCAAGGUUGGAGUCAUGAGUGAUUCUAAAAGUAAGGCAUUACCGGCACCAGCAAAUGCGAAACCUGAAGCAAUAUUUGCUUGUAAAAUUUGUAAGGAGAAAUUUCUUAUAAAAUCUCUUCUGGACGCACAUAAACGUUCACAUGAACUCGACAUUAAUCCAUCUAAAUGCCUUAAGCGUCCCUCUAUGGUACCAAUAAAAACUGAUGGGUCAAUUUUUGGUUCCGAAAAUAAAUGUAAAUAUUGCGACAAGAAAUUCGCUCUAUUACGAGCCUUACAUAUACAUCUCUUGCAAAAUUGCCCAAAGAUUCCUCCAGCUGACAAGCGUAAGUUGCAAUUAACUGAGAUGGAUCACGUCGAAAAGGCACAAUUGCCAAACGUUUUCCUUAAUAAGCAACAUAGCGAUGCGUCGUCCAGCAGUGCCACACCAAGGGUAUCCUGCAAUUUCAAUAUUGGACGUCGAACUUUUAGAAGCCCUAUACGGCCCACCCCAGAUAUAAAAAAUGUAAAUAAAAAAUCGAGUAUUCUGGGACAAGAAAUGAUGGCGCCACCGUGUAAUUCAAAUUUGCCGCAAAUCAAACAAAAAAUACCGCAUUCAGGUGUUUAUUGCACGCCCAAAAAGUUGAUACCAUGUCGUUCGUGCAACGAGGUAUUUAAAAAUAUUCUUGACUAUACAAACCAUAAUCUCUCAGCACACGGCAACGGCUCUGCGAGAAAAUUACUUGACCUGAAAGCAACGGUUGCUCAAAUAUUUCCGCCUAAAAAAGAUAAAUUUAAUAAGUUGGUAUCCUUAAAGCAUUCCAAGGGUCUUCCACCGUUUAAUGUGUCUGGAAGUCCUUUUAAUGUGGUGCCAAUACAUCAUUAUCCCGAGCUAAUGAAGGCAACGUGUGCGCUUAUUAAUGCCGAAUGGCCACGCAGCGAAACGGCUCGAAUGCGUUCAUUGGAGGCGUCGUGCGACACAUUACCAUGCAGUUUAGUUUUAACAACAGAAGGUUUUAAUCGUGUUAUAGCGCAUUGCAAACUUAGCCCAAUACAAGCAAAAAAGAAGGCGUGCUUUAUUGAAUCUGUGGUGGUGGAUAAGAGUUUUCGUGGGCAAGGCUUUGGAAAACUAAUUAUGAAAUUUGCCGAAGAUUAUUGCCGCGUCGUUUUAGAUUUAAAAGUAAUUUAUUUGUCGACUAUCGAUCAGGACGGUUUCUAUGAACGUAUAGGCUAUACGCAUUGCCCACCUAUAUCAAUGUACGGACCUAGGCAUUGCGAAUUACCAAUCAUUUCAUAUUGGGUUUUAUUGAUAUUCGCAAUGAAUAUAAAUGAGGAAGACUUCGCAAAUUCAGAUGCGUGGCUUUCGGAGCAAUUGUUUGCACGGUUGAAAGAUUUCAAUACGGAUUUUAAAGAUAGAAACAAUGCAUCAACUCCGAUGAUAAAUGAUUCUUUUCAAAAUUAUCCUCAUGAUGCGCAAAAUGCUAACGGGAUACCAUUAAAAGAGGACGGCACAGAACCAAGCAAGAAAAGCCUAGAGUCGCUUGAUAUGAUUUUUAAAAAGAAUAAAUGUAGUCUGAACGAAACGUACGACUUGAAUUUCGAAGUGUUGGACUUAAGUACUACAGGUAGCAGAAUGCCAGUGGUAGGUCACGUUUCUCCUCCUAUGGUCGAAUUUACCACCACCAUGCCUCUAGUAUCCGCGCCAGUUGUUGCAGAAGCUGCUGCAGUGGUCAGUGAGGCAGCGAAGCAAAAUAUUUCACCUACUUUCGAUCCAACUGAAGAAGAAUUGAAAUUAUUAAAAUUUCUCGAAACACAACCAAAAAACACUUUUUUGGAUCCGAAAAUGUUUAUGCAAUCGGAAUUACCAUCCACUGCAUAUCGUAUAGUGAAAUGUGCAAAUUGUGAAUGUUUGUUUGAUAUAAUAUCUUUUCAAUCGCACGUUUGCGAUUAUGAUGAACAGCACAACUUAGUAGUACCAUCGAUAGCGGCGUCUAGCAACUUUGACAAGCCAGUUAGAUAUCAAUUUCUACUACCGGCGGAGCCUGCAUGCGUACGCUUGUUAAAAGAAAAUCAGAUACGUAUACGACGCUUUCUGAAAGAUGAACUCAAAUAUGACGUCAACGCUACUGGAAACAGUAGUACGGUUAGCAGUCUUCAUUUAAUUGUCAACACUAGCUCCAGUUCUAGUGGUCUUAACACACCAACAGAUUCUUCACUAUCCAGUAACGGUUCAACGAAUAAAAAACAAGAUGGUCCUCACGAUUGCACAUUAUGCGAAAGAAAAUUUGUACAUGCAUCCGGUUUGUUGCGGCAUAUGGAAAAACAUGCUCUGGAUUUAAUACCGACAACAGUAUUGAAUGGCAACAGUAGUGGCAAAACUCCGGUCGCGCAAGGCAAUUCAUUACGAAGUGUCAAUGGCUUGCGUCUGGUUAUUAAAUGUACAUUGUGCGGUCGUAUAUUUUUCGAACCGAAUGCGGCGUUUAAACACCUUUGCAGUCACUUUCCACUUUCAGACAAAAAAGAACCUGAUAACAUUGCUGACAUUCCCUAUGAAACUUAUGUAGACGACGCUUCGAAAUAUCUAAAGAUGGAGACCAAACGGCCUUCUCCGUCCAUGAAAACCUAUCAACACGAAAAAAUGGUUGUCUAUUUAAAAAUGACAAUUUUAAGUUGUGUUCUUCAGUGCGAGUUUUGCGAUUUAUUAUUUUCGGAAGUAUCGUUUUUAUUUUUUCAUUCGGCUUGUCAUCUACCCGAAAGGCCUUUCGAAUGCUUUGCUUGUGAUAUACAUGCAAGAACUUCAAAGGAAAUAUGUACCCAUUGGCAGGCUGAGUGUGUGUUCAUGCGUGAAAGUGUUAAAAUCUAUCACGCCACAACUCAACGCUACUUUGCUUGCAACGUUUGUGAGAAUAAGUUUCAAUCAUUAGAUCAAUUGCAUGGGCAUCGCUAUACUUCGCAUCAUUUUUUUCCUCGCCUUAAUAAGCGUUUGGGCGUUUUGCAAUUACCUUGCGAAUGCUGCGACACGUUUUUCCAAAAUGCCCAAGAGUGCGUGAAUCAUUAUGAGGCGAAACAUUAUAAGAAAUAUAAGCGAGAAAAAGAUGGUACUGGUAAUGUUAGCAAGACUCGACAAUAUCUAUGUGACAUUUGUGGUAAAUCAUAUACGCAAUCUAGCCAUUUGUGGCAGCAUUUGCGUUUUCAUCAAGGUGUUAAGCCAUUUGCUUGCAAAGAGCCCGGCUGUUGUCGAAAGUUUACUAUACGACCCGAUUUAAACGAUCACAUACGCAAAUGUCAUACCGGCGAACGACCAUAUCAUUGUUUAGUGUGUGGUAAACGCUUUCUGACCGGUUCUGUGUUCUAUCAACACCGGCUUAUACAUCGCGGUGAACGCCGCUACGAAUGCGAAGAAUGUGGCAAACGUUUUUAUCGGGCCGAUGCCUUAAAAAAUCAUCAACGUAUUCACACUGGAGAAAAGCCCUUUGGUUGUUUAUUUUGCACAAAGAAUUUCAGACAAAGAGGAGAUCGAGACAAGCACAUAAGAGCACGUCAUUCUCAUUUGGACGCCAAUGCCCGUCUAAUGAUGCAGAUGCAGAAAUUGCAAUUGGAGGCAGCGGCCGCCGUUGCAGCAGCUCAAGUUCAAGCUCAGCAAAAGCAAGAAACACCAAACGCAUUGGCGUCGUGGAAUUCAUUGCCCAUUAAUAAUAAUGAGAAUACUCUCCCAAGUCUCCCAAUUUUAUACGAUCCAACAAUGGCAAGUGAUCGCAAAGAUGUAGUUAUGGUGGGAAAUGUCGCUUUCCCUAAAAGCAUGUUUGAACCAAUAAUGCCCGACAUCGAUGAAGAAUUAGCUAUUAAAGCUAUGCAUCAAAUGCAGUAAUUAUUGUUUCAGUGAAAUUUCGUUUCUCAUUUUGUUUUAUUUAAAUAAUUGUGUAAUCAAAUGUUUUCUUUCUUUUUUUU